GCAGCUCGUACCGCGGUCCCCUUAUUUGGACCUGCGGGAAUGUGGGCUGGAGCUGUCCUGCCGUGGUACCAACCUCCUGCCUGUCGCCGGGACUGCCCCUGACCCAGGCGCGCCUGCUGCUCGGUGGCAGGAGGGCCGGCGGAGCGCCAUGGCCUGCAUCCUGAAGAGAAAGUCUGUGAUUGCAGUGAGCUUCAUAGCCGCCUUCCUCUUCCUGCUGGUUGUGCGCCUUGUAAAUGAAGUGAAUUUCCCACUGCUACUAAACUGCUUUGGACAACCUGGUACAAAAUGGAUACCAUUCUCCUACACAUAUAGGCGGCCCCUCCGAACUCACUAUGGAUACGUAAAUGUGAGAACGCAAGAGCCUUUGCAAUUGGACUGUGACCUUUGUGCUAUAGUGUCAAACUCAGGUCAGAUGGUUGGCCGGAAGGUGGGGACUGAGAUAGAUCAGUCCUCCUGCAUUUGGAGAAUGAACAAUGCCCCCACCACGGGCUAUGAAGAAGACGUUGGCCGCACGACAAUGAUCCGAGUUGUGUCCCAUACCAGCGUUCCUCUUUUGCUAAAAAACCCUGAUUAUUUUUUCAAGGAAUCAAACACUACUACUUAUGUUAUUUGGGGCCCUUUCCGCAAUAUGAGGAAAGAUGGCAAUGGCAUCGUUUACAACAUGUUGAAAAAGACUGUUGACAUCUAUCCAAAUGCCCAAAUUUAUGUGACCACAGAGAAGCGCAUGAGUUACUGUGAUGGAGUUUUUAAGAAGGAAACGGGGAAAGACAGGUUUAGGUCAAAAUCAAGAAAAUGAAGAAUGGUUAUACACUUGCCCAUGAAAAAUAUAAACCCAGGGCAAUCUUCUUUUUCUUCAAUUUUUGCAUGCUGUGGCUCUUAAGACUGCUGUUUUGAGGCUUUUCAUCCUAUGCUGUGUCCAUCUGUACUACUGGAUUUUUAAUUGCUUGGACAACCAUUUCAUAGUACCUGGCAUAGUAUCUGAGAUGUUGUAGGACCUCUAAAGAUGUUUGUUGAAUUUUUGCUUUUCUAAAAACAAAAAUAAGAGACUUCUUAUUAUAUAUGGUACUACUGACUUUCUAAAUGGACUUCCCUUCUCAACAAUCUUUCUCACUAAAAAAUGGAUCCUCUAGAUCAGUACAGUACUUUUCCUCUUUUUUUAGUAUAGUACUUUUCAAACUGUAAUGUACAUAUAAUCACCUGCAGAUGCUGGUGAUGGGGAGUGAAGCCUAAGAAUUUGCAUUUUGAACAAGUCCCCAGGCCAGGCCAGGCCAUGAUAUUAAUCUGAAGAUGAUGUUUUUUGAGUUGCACUAUCUUAGAUUGCUUUGAUUGAAGGGACAAGACAACAUUCUGCUGUUGCUUGAGCUAGAGAAAUACACAAGUGAAGAGUAGCUAUUCCCCAAACAGCCUUGGUAAUCUGCUUGCAGUUGGCCCCUGUUUCUGUGACUAUGCCCUGUUUCUGGCCCACUAAGCAAGGUGCCUAGAAGUCUUUAAGAAUUCAACAUGAUUUACUUAGAUAACCUUACUUUCUGUAUUUGUCCAUUUCUCUUAUUGGGCAAUAUACCUCUUAAGCUUAAGAACAAAGACUGUGCCCAUCUUCAUUUUCUUUUCAGACCUAGUAUAUCAGUGAUUUGCCACCAAAAUACCAAACAAAUGUGCUGUUUUCACUCUACUUUCAGCUAAAUGGCCCACAGAUUAUUUCAGGUUUUCUUGAAAUAACCACUGGUUUAGGCCUUCUUGCCUCUCAUGUGCGUGACUACUAAUACAGCCUUGCCUCUACACCUAUGCAGGAUGGUCCCUUGGGCCUAAAUUUCCCUUCCUUCCAUCACCACGCACACUAAUGCAUCAUUUUUGACCAAAUCAGAUGCUACCUCCUCCAUGAAGUCUUUUGUAAUAUUGCUAUUUAGAACUCAGAUUUCCUCCUCUAAAAAUCCACAACAGCAUUUGGACAUUCAAAAAUAGAAAUCAUCACUCUCUUCCAUGUAUUAUAGCCAUGUAUGUCCAGUCUCUCCAGGUUGUCCAUAAACUCUUUGUCUUGCCUGAGGGGGAUUGCCUUGGGCAAGUUCACUCUGGAUUCAGUGAGACCGAAUAUCAACAAGGGAAUGUUAGGGGUAAAAGUGUUUAUACCAAGCUCAUUCUCAUGGUGGCAGGUCAAGUGUUGGAAUCACAUCUCCCUCUGGCAAGUUCUCAGUCUGUCUCUGUCUCUGUCUUGAGGCAGAGCACUGGACAGAGAUUUUUCUAUAACAACAGUGACAAUAAUGGCUCAUUGCCAAUGGGUGUGGAAGCAGUAGCCUAGCAGUAGGCCAAUGACAGCAACAAGUAGUUUGGGUUCAGGUGAGGAUCCUGGCCCUAGGGACUUCCAUUUUCCCUAAAUCAGCUCUUACAUAUUUGUUUGUUUCCCCAGCACCUGAUAAUAGUGUUUGGAUCUAAUAGAUACUCAGUACAUUUGAAGGAUAAAUGAACAAAUAAGUGAGUAAAAGAGUGAAAGAAAUAGUACCUGAUGGUUUUUUUUUUUUAAGUUUACAAGUCCCUUUGGCAUUCAUUGAAAUACUUGUGAAUUUCCAAACACUUUUCUUCAGUUUAUAGGGGUCACAAUAAUAGCAAACAAGGCAAGUUCUAGGAUUGGAUUUUGAUAAGAAAAGUCUCCACAGUUCUACUCAGACAGACCUCCCCUUGCUCUGUCUUACCCAAAGGUUGGCAAAUCUAUUACCUCCCCUUAGGAUUUUGUGACUGGGCACUGGGUUUUUAGUACGUCACUGACAGAGCCAUUCCUCAAAUACAGGUCUCCAUUUUAGUUUCACUUCAGCGGCAAAGUGGGUUACAAGACUUCACUCACAGUUCCGUUAGCUGUCAGUCACCUGGUGAAAGAACAAUUCCUCGCUCCCAAACCCAAGGUUAUACUCUUGGGCCUUAGGAAACAAAUACCACCACCACCAUAGGAGGCAGAAAACAAAAGACCCAAGUAAAAGAGCACUGAUUACUUCCCAACUUUAUCUUCUUCUGUCUUGCAGAAAACAUUUAUUCUUUGAGAACAAAGAAAGUAAAUUACCUUCAUGAAAAUUCUUUUAAGUAACUUCAUAAUGAACAUAAAGAAAAAGAAAAGUCGCUGUCUUCCAACUCACUGCAUAAAUGGGUGAUGAAUUUGUACACAGAGGAAAAUUAAGGAAAGUGUUUUGACAUAAUUCUGAUCAUAUCACUCUUCUGCUCAAAACUUUGGGAUAGUGCCUAUUUGCCUAAGAGUAAGAGCACAAGUGUUUACAAUGACUUGCAAUUACUUCCAGGGCGAUCUGACCCCUUGUCUUUCUGACCUUCAUGUAUUAAACUUCCUCCGUGCUCACUCUGUCCAGCCACAGAGACUUUCUAGCUGUACCUCAAACCGCUAGGCAUGCUCUCUCCUCCAGGCGUUUACUUUAGCUCUGUGCUGAGUUCCCCUACCUCCCCGUAUAUUGCACGAUUACUUCAAUCAUCUCCUCAAGCCUUUGCUCAUUCACCACUCACUCAGUCUACAAUGAUACUAUUUAAAACUGAAAUCCUGACUUCCCAUAACCAGCAUUUCCAGUUCUCUCUACCUUGUUCUACAUUUCCUUUCUUCCCCCAUAGCAUUGUUUACCUUCUAACAUUCCAUCUAAUAUGCUCACUUACUUAAUCAUUUGUUUUUGUCUAUCUCUCCACUAGGAUAUAAAUUCCAUAAGGGCAGGGAUCAUUGUUUUUCUCACUGAUAUAUCCCAAGCAUGUAGAAUAUUGCAUGUCGUGUGGUUAAUACAUAAUAUUUGCUGAAUGAAUGACCAAGAGAUGGAAAAACAAUUAAAUAAAUAAAGGAUUCAGGCAAACUUGCAGAACUUGUCUCAGGGGGGUCUAUGAAAGUAGCUUAAAAAGAAGAAAAUACAUAAGGUUAGAAACGGUAUAAUUAAGGUAGAAGUUUAAGGCCAUUUGUUGUUCUGCAAAAGGACACUAGGAUGGCAGCUCUCUUACUCAGAAGAGAUCAUGUCACUCAAGGAAUUGGUCUGCCUGAUUUUUAUUCUUUAGCAUAUGGACCAGUUGUUUAAAUAGAAUUGACCUAAUUAGUUGGCUUUUUGGUAUUCAACAGAAACAGCAAAAAUCUCUGACUCUUAUUUGGUUUGGUAGAGCAAUGGAUUCCCAGAGUGAGCCUAUAUCAGAAUCAACUGGAGAACUGGUUAAAACUCAGAUUUCUGGGCCUGUCCUGAGAAUUUCUGGAAAGUUUGUUCUGGGCAAAGCCCUGGAGUUUGCAUUUCCUAUGAGUUCCCAGGCAAUAUGCUGUUGCCACUGGUUCUGGGACCAAACUUUGAGAACCACUGUGUUAGAGAAAGAUUCUGAGGUCUCAGUAAUCAUAUUCUAUUAUUUUGAAAACAUUUGGUCCUAUCAUCUUUGUACUAUUGGUAUAGUGUUAUAUGAGCAUUGCAAGUUAUUUUUAUGGUGAUAUUUUUAAUGGUAAGAAGUUUUUAACCUCCUGUGAGAAUCCUAAUACAGCUCUUUCAUUUUAGUCUUCACUUUCUUAAGCUCUUGUUCCCCUGUAAUCAUGCCAGAUGGUGCUACUCCUUAGCUUAUGAGGAAGUGAUGCUUCAUCAUUCUAGACAGAGAGACAAAUCAUUCUGUUCUCUGUUUGUGAGUCCAGAAUCAACAUUUGGGUGUAUGUUCGACCUACUAUUUGCUUUACAAUUUUGCUCAUUAGGUAUUAAUUACCCUAACAAUAUAUGAGAUAGUCAUUAUCCUUCUGUCCUGUAUUUUUUUCAAAUUAUAUUCACUUAAAAGUUCACAUUGGCACUGUCUGACAACUGCCAUUGUCAAGUAUUACCUCUACUAAUAUACAGUUUCUCUUUUGCCUGAUUUAUCUGGGGUAGGUGGUUAUCUAGGAAGUAUAUCCAUAAAAUUAAGAUGCUGGAUAAAAUUCCAUUCUCUGAGUCACCAUGUUCCAAAUGGAUAACUGGGGCAAUUGGCAUUGCUUAUUUGAGAAAAACAAUAAAACUGGAGGACAAGAAAGUAACAUUAUGACCAAAAUCAUUGCCUUCUUUUUCAUUCAUUAUAUAUAUGCCAUCUGAAGAAGGCAGAAUGAGGAAAGCAUAUAAUUUAAAGGAAAGUAUUAAGAAAACAAAAUGAAACAAAACCUUAAACACAUAGACGUUGGGAAGGUAGGAGGGGAACAUUUUCCCAUGUGAAGUGGAGAAAUAGUUAAAAUUCAGAAUCUGAAAAAAAAAACAUACCUGAGAUAUUAAAUUAUUGAAGCAAAAACAAUUUUUUAAUUUAUAACUUUCAUUAAAGAGAAUUAAAAUUAUUCCUAGGUAAUUCAUUCAAAGGCACUAUUACAGGCGUAGGUGUAACAGUUUCCUGAUGUGAGUAGUUUGUAUGUUCUCUAUAAUAAUGCUCUCUAUACAGUUGCAAUACUGAGCAUAUCAAAUUUUCUUGAAUCUGUUGAUUGGAGAGUGGGAAAGAGAGAAGGAGAUAGAGUUGGAGGCUCUGGGAGAGGUUGUCAAUCUGUCUUAAUUCUUCUAGCUGAUAGCAGAUAUUUUGCCAUUAAAUCAUAACUAAGAGUUAUUAUGUUUGUGAUGAAAUGAGUAUCCCAUAGCAGAAUUGUAUCAUUGAAGAGGUGAAAAAGCUCUGAAGGGAAAUGCAAAACAAAGAAUGUUUGUUAUUUAAGGUGACUUCCAAUACGUAGUCUGUAUUUCUAAUAUGUUAUGCAGUCCUUAACGAAUUGGGUGUACUUAGGAGUGCAUUAAAUUUUCUUCCACCAAUGGAGCAAAUUUCACUUAGGUUUUCUGGCAAUUAUAAUUAAUUUGUCCUUUAUCUUCUCUUCAUCUUAAUUCAUAACUCAUCUGAUAGCUCACCAUCCCACCUUAAUUAUAAGAGAAGACCCUUCCAAAGAUUGAACUAUUGGCAACUCUGUCACCUGGAAAGAGUUACAUAAAAUAUGUUAAGAACAGAAAUGACUGCAUAACUGGUUUAUCAUAUUUUUCAUAGCAUGUGGAUUCUUGGUGAGCAGAGAGCAUGUUUCUGGUUUUUUGCUGCCAAGCACAUUGUGGGUGUUCGGUAAAUAUUAAAUAAUAAGAAUUUCUUAAUUAAGAUGAACAUUUUCUAUAUAAAGCAGAUGGUGCUCAAUAGGAGUAGCCCAUUAUUUACAAGUAUGACACAAGGUGCUGGCAAUCGUCUAAGCAACAUGACGCUCACUUCAGAUGCCGAUUAUCUGUUAAAGCAAACUUUUGUGGCAAACAGCUUGAUCAAUAUUAAUUAAUGUUUGUGAUAAAAAUUGUGAAUAAGGAUGGACUUUGUGUGUAUAUGUAAUUCUGCUGUUUUGAUUAUUAAUAUUGACUUCAACUAUAAAAGUAUUUCUUGCUAUUUUAUGCAAGGCAAGUUUUGACAAAUCAGUGUAUAUCAGAUUUUAUUCCAUAGGUUCACCAUUUGAUUUGAAUCAUCUAUUAUUGCCUGAUUUCUAAAGGGAUUUUUCUUUCAGGUCCUUGCAGUGUCUCUUUGUAGUUGCUAAAACUAGAUGUGAACACCUCCAUGAUAUUUGCAAUGCUUAUAUUAGUAGCUGAAACCUCAGUGGAGCUAACGAGAGUUAAUUAGACAUUCCCAAAAUACACAUCAUUUUAUGAUUUUGCAGAUCACCCCGAUGAAAAUAACAGUCUAAUUUCCUCAAGUCAUGUAAAUUAUAGUGAGAGGGAUGAUGAGAGUAGGCAGUUCUCACUUUGGAGAAGUUAAUUUUGUUGUCAGCACACCCGUAUUUCCAAAAAUCACAAACCACAGGCAGAACUUUUUAGCACAAGUGAGAUUUGUUGAUCAUAUACUGUUUCUGUUUCUAGUCUGCCCUCUAUAGAGGGUCUAUGCAAAUAGGGGCUUUCAAGGAUGUAAAACUAGCAGCUUCCUCUAUUAGGAGCUUAAUGAGCAGCUGCCAUGCUUUCUCAUAAAGGAGAGAAAACAUCCUGUGUACUAACAUGUACACACACGCCCUCACCCACUUUACACUCACACCAAGCUAUUCUGUUUAGGCAGAGUUUUUAUUUUGGUUUGAGAUAGGCAGCAGAGCAUGUAGCAUUAUCCAAGUCUUUUACAAACAUUUCUUUCCUUCUUUGAGCACACAUUCCCCCAGAGCUAACUAGGUGUCAGACAUUGUCCUGGACAUGGGGAACUGAUACUUGAAACAUAUUCUCUAGUUUUAGUGGGAGCUUAUCAGUGGCCCUGGCAUGUGUUGGCAGGUUCUUU